CAAAGCAACUCCUUUUUUUUUCUUGAAAAGCUAUUGGACUCCAAGUUUUAUGCAUAGCUUCAGGCGAAGUGUUCCUUCAUCUUGUUCGGAUCCAUCGUAUUCAUCCAUCUCAUGCUCAGGCAUGGUUCACCAAUGGGAAUAUGAUCUAUGUAGAUGAGACCAACGUGUAAUGAUCAAGAGCUCCAUCUCAAGCUCUCUAAAAAUGAUUGUAUCUGGCGUCAUUCUUGAUCUGGAUGGAACACUUCUAAAUACAGCAGAUGGCAUAGUGAAUGAAGUUCUAAAAUCUUUUUUGGGCAAGUAUGGAAAGCAAUGGGAUGGAAGAGAAGCCCAAAGGGUUGUUGGGAAGACACCAUUUGAGUCUGCAGCUGUCAUCAUUGAAGAUUACGGGCUUUCUUGCACAUCAGCCGAACUGAUGUCACAGAUUUCCCCUUUGUUUGCGGAGAGGUGGUGCAACAUUAAAGCACUUCCAGGAGCAAAUCGGUUGAUUAAACAUUUCACUGGUCACAGAGUGCCAAUUGCAUUGGCUUCAAACUCAACUAGGGAAAACAUAGAAACCAAAAUUUCUUUUCAUCCGGGCUGGAAAGACUCAUUUUCUGUGAUCAUUGGUAGCGAUGAAGUUAGAACGGGCAAACCGUCUCCUGAAAUAUUCCUUGAAUCAGCAAAAAGGUUAAAUCUUGAACCCUCAAGGUGCCUCGUAAUUGAGGAUUCCGUUCCAGGUGUUACAGCUGGUAAAGCUGCUGGGAUGAAGGUGGUUGCUGUACCAUCCCUUCAGAAAAAGUCUCAUCUCUACUCUUCAGCAGAUGAGGUGAUCAAUUCACUACUUGACUUUCAGCCUGAAAAGUGGGGCCUGCCUCCAUUUGAAGAUUGGGUAGAGAACACCUUACCAAUUAAUCCUUUGUACAUUGGAGGUCCCGUUGUCAAGGGAUAUGGGCGUGGCUCAAAAGUACUUGGGAUUCCUACAGCGAAUUUAUCUGCAGAAGGAUAUUCAGAUGUCCUUUCAGAACAUCCAUCGGGCGUGUAUUUCGGUUGGGCCGGUUUAUCAAUGAGAGGCGUCUUUAAAAUGGUCAUGAGCAUUGGUUGGAAUCCAUUUUUUGACAAUAAAGAAAAGACUAUUGAACCAUGGCUACUUCAUGAAUUUGAUGACGAUUUCUACAACGAGGACUUGAGACUUGUUGUCGUUGGAUAUAUUCGGCCAGAGGCCAACUUUCCAACCCUUGAGAGUCUCGUGGCUAAGAUUCACGAGGAUGGGAGAAUUGCAGAGAGAGCUCUUGACCUUCCAUUGUAUUCGAAGUAUAGGAACGAGCAGUACCUGAAAGAGCAUGAUGCUUAGAGAUAGCAUGCUUUACGAGUUGAAAUUUAUGAACCAAAUUAAAAUUCUUCCCAACUAUACAGUUGGAUACACUCCUAUUAUUAAAAAUAAUUGUGGCUUAAUUUCUGUAGUUUAUGAUCACUGAGGAUUGAUUUAACAACCUUUUUCUUUUCUUUAUCA